UGGGCAGUAAAAUUGAAAUCUCUGAUGAGCCCCUCUUUAUAAGUCAAAUCACUUUGUCGAUACGUCGAUGCACGCUGCUAUUCUUUUUUUCUUCUUCUAAUUUUCACUCCAAGUUGUGUUAUUACGGAGAUUUUAGUGUAAGCUUGCAUUCGGCUAUUUCUCUUUAACUGCUACAAGCACCAUAGGCUAGAGGACGACGCAAAAGGUUACAGUAUCCCAGCGAAACAAGCCGAUUUAAUCGUUAUAUACCGGCGAAGGGGAAAAAUUAAUUGUAAAUAGCUGUUCGUUUUAGGUUUAGCCUUCAAAUACAAUGACCGAUUCCAUCGUCGAUGCAAAGUUGGAGUUGAAGCAGGCCAGUAAAGAAUUCAAAGAGAGCGAGAAUGUAGCAGAGAAGUAUUCCGCGAUGACAGUGUCAAAGAACAGCGACGUGAACAUGAACGUCGGCGAACUCUCCGCCGCAUUCACUGCGGUCCCUACUCACAAAUCUGUCAAGAAGCAGCUCCAGUUUGCCAGCCAGGAAGAGAAGCAGGAGUUCAGCAAGUUCCCCACGAAGACAGGCCGCCGCUCCCUGUCCCGCUCCAUCUCGCAGUCGUCCACCGACAGCUACAGCUCCGCUGCUUCCUACACGGACAGCUCGGACGAUGAGACAUCUCCUCGAGAGAAGACUCAGGUGAACUCCAAAGGCAGCAGCGACUUUUGCGUCAAGAACGUAAAGCAGGCGGAGUUCGGUCGGCGCGAGAUUGAGAUUGCAGAGCAAGACAUGUCUGCUCUGAUCUCCCUGAGGAAGCGCGCCCAGGGGGAGAAGCCACUUGCUGGGGCCAAAGUGGUUGGCUGCACCCACAUCACUGCACAGACCGCAGUCCUGAUUGAGACGCUGGUUGCCCUGGGCGCUCAGUGCCGCUGGGCUGCAUGCAACAUCUACUCUACUCAGAAUGAGGUGGCGGCUGCCCUGGCAGAGACUGGAGUGGCAGUGUUUGCCUGGAAGGGAGAAUCUGAGGAUGACUUCUGGUGGUGCAUCGACCGUUGUGUCAACACGGAAUGCUGGCAGGCUAACAUGAUCUUGGAUGAUGGUGGUGAUCUGACUCAUUGGGUAUAUAAAAAGUAUCCCAGUGUGUUUAAAAAGGUGCGAGGAAUUGUGGAGGAGAGUGUCACUGGAGUUCAUAGACUGUACCAGCUGUCUAAAGCUGGAAAACUCUGUGUCCCUGCCAUGAACGUCAAUGACUCUGUCACCAAACAAAAGUUUGACAACCUCUACUGCUGCAGGGAAUCCAUACUGGAUGGUCUUAAGAGGACCACAGAUGUGAUGUUUGGCGGGAAGCAGGUGGUGGUUUGUGGCUAUGGAGAGGUGGGCAAAGGAUGCUGCACUGCUCUGAAAGCAUUGGGAGCCAUUGUAUGUGUAACAGAGAUUGACCCUAUUUGUGCUCUCCAGGCCUGUAUGGAUGGUUUCAAAGUGGUCAAACUCAAUGAGGUAGUUCGCCAAGUGGACAUGGUUAUAACCUGCACAGGGAACAAAAACGUGGUUACCCGUGAGCAGUUGGAUCGUAUGAAGAAUGGCUGCAUUGUAUGCAACAUGGGCCACUCCAACACAGAGAUUGAUGUGGCAAGUCUGCGGACCCCAGAGCUGACCUGGGAGAGGGUGCGCUCCCAGGUAGACCAUGUCAUCUGGCCUGAUGGGAAGAGAGUCAUCCUGCUGGCAGAGGGGCGCCUUCUGAACUUGAGCUGCUCCACAGUGCCCUCUUUUGUGCUAUCCAUCACAGCCACCACACAGGCCCUAGCCCUUAUAGAGCUGUACAAUGCACCAGAUGGGCGUUACCGACAGGAUGUGUACCUGUUGCCCAAAAAGAUGGAUGAAUAUGUGGCAAGUUUGCAUCUGCCCAACUUUGAUGCCCAUCUCACGGAGCUGUCAGAUGAGCAAGCUAAAUAUAUGGGCCUCAAUAAGAAUGGACCAUUCAAGCCAAACUACUACAGAUAUUAGUAUGUAUGAAUCACAGUGACCUUCAUCAGGGAAGGAGAGACCUGCAUUAGCCAAGCAAACCAAGAGAUUUAUUUUCUAUUUACUGUACAUUUCUAAAAGGAAUACUUGAUUCAAAGUGAAUGUUAUUCUUAUUUAUAGUGUUAUUAACAUAUAGUGACCAAAUUUAUGUUUUCCACAUGUAAACUAUAAUCACCUAGCAUUUCAUUAGAUUAUAUUAUACUGUAUGCAUAUCUUCCAAUCAUAUUAUGAGGGGACCAUGGUCUGUAGGCCUAACAUUGUGCCAUAUUUUGGUGGUGGUGAAGAGUCUAAGGGGUACAUUCUGUCCCCCUUUUUUUUUUUUUACGCAUUUUAGCACUCAUUUUGGCUUUCAACAUUACAUAGACCCGUCUGCACGAAACUCAACAGAAACAAGAUAGUCAAAGCACUGAAUUAUGCUCUCAACAAUUUGGUUCAUGACACACUUAAACUGAAGUGUGCUUGUACGCGCAUACGUCAGUGUUACAUUUAUGGAAUUUAGCAGACAUCACAUUACAUUGUAAGAAUUCAAUUUCUUUCCUGAGUAAGAAGUUAUCAUAAGUAUACAUGUCAGUUCUCCAGAAGAAAGUAACUUUGUCUGCUGUUAUGCAAUAUGUAUAUUACUCCCAAGGGCUAGAGUGUUCUAGAGUUAGAUACUCAGUAUAAACUGGGAGUACCAGGACAGAAAGUUGCCUGCAAGAAUUUGUACAAAUAGUGACAGCUCUUCUCCCACCCUCUCUACUCAUUUUAUCAGUGUCCUUCGGCGGUAUUUUACAUGACUUCAGAAAUUCACCCAGAGCUGUAUGUGCAAAGUAAUAGAUGGGUCAAAUGGACUUCAUCCAACAAUCAGAUAAGAGAUUAAACAUUUUGCUUUUGAUGUGAGUUCCAUGAUUCUUUUUAUUAACAGCAGUUUCCCCAGCACAUGCCUGGCUCCAGGCACACAACCUUUGGUUAAUAUAUCAAAAUCAGUGAAAAAGUCUCAAACAAAUAUCACUGUGAAUGCAUUGAAUAGGUGUACCUAUUUAUCUUAACUGAACUAAAUUCUAUUUGUUAACAAACCUCAAAUGUUCAAAUGACACAUUCCCUGCCAUGUUAUCAUCAUUAAAUGUCUGAUCUGUUCAAAAAGUGGAUUGGGUUAUUGCUGGAAAUAUGGAUAAGAAAAAUUCA